UAUAUAGUCCAAUCAGUUCAUGUUGCCCUUAAAUAUUUACUUAGGCAAGUUUAGAGAUCUUGAUUUCUUGCUUCAAGCAUGCACUUCUAGAAGUGUCUUACUUGGUCUUUUUAAAUAUAUAAUUGAAAAAGUUCCUGCUUUUAAAUACUUAGUUGGAAGGGUGCUGGUUAUUUGGAGCAAAAAUAGAGUGUGGGGAUAUACCAAUUGAUGGCUGAAAUUGGAUUAAAAUUGAAGGCUUUGAACAGAUAUGUAGUUGGGGUGAUUGGUUUUCUUGUUCUUGCUUUUGCCCUUUUUGCUUCUGCUGAGGAAAUUGCAAUUAGAGGCUCUUUGGAUGAAAAAAAUGGAACAAGUGAUGACUUUGAAUCAGGCUCCUUUUUUGAGCUAUUCAAUCUUUUGCUUCACAAGGGUAAAAUGCAUUACAAGCAUUUUUGGCCUGACAUGGAACUUGGGUGGAGAGUAGUUGUUGGUUCAGUGAUUGGAUUCUUUGCUGCUGCUUUUGGGAGUGUAGGAGGUGUUGGGGGAGGUGGUAUCUUUGUUCCCAUGCUUACUUUGAUCAUUGGUUUUGAUCCAAAAACAUCAACUGCUAUAUCGAAAUGUAUGAUAACUGGUGCAGCAGGGGCAACUGUUUAUUACAACCUCAAGCUAAGGCAUCCAAUACUUGACCUGCCCAUCAUCGAUUAUGAUCUAGCUCUUCUUUUACAACCAAUGCUGUUGCUAGGGAUCAGUAUUGGAGUUGUUCUCAACAUUCUUUUUGCUGAGUGGAUGGUUACAGUUUUGUUAAUCAUUCUUUUCAUAGUUACAUCAACUAGGUCAUUCUUCAAGGGUGUUGAGACAUGGAAAAAAGAAACCAUAAUAAAAAAGGAGCUCUCCAGACGCUUGACAUCUAACAAUGCUGGUGGUGAAGAGGUUGCAUACAAACUUCUACCUGGAGGUCCAAGAGUUAGAAAUGAAGGGUAUAAAACACCAGAGGUCUCAAUUGUUGACAACGUGCAUUGGAAGGAUUUCACCCUUCUUAUUGCUGUGUGGGCCGUCCUCCUCACUCUGCAUAUCAUCAAGACUUAUACAUCAACUUGUUCAGCGACAUAUUGGAUCUUAAACCUCUUACAGAUCCCGGUUGCUGUAGGAGCUUCUGGAUAUGAAGCAGUUUGCUUGUAUAAGGGCACGAGGGUGGUCAUGUCAAGUGGCGAAGCAGUAAUAGCCUGGAAAGUACAUCAGUUGAUUAUUUACUGUUGCUGUGGCAUUUUAGCUGGUAUAGUUGGUGGGCUUCUAGGUCUUGGUGGAGGAUUCAUUUUGGGUCCAUUGUUUCUAGAGCUAGGGAUUCCUCCACAGGUUUCUAGUGCCACUGCUACCUUUGUGAUGACAUUCUCCUCCUCCAUGUCCGUCAUACAAUAUUACCUGCUAGGACGCUUUCCAGUACCGUAUGCCCUGUAUUUCGUUGCUGUGGCCACUGUUGCCGCCUUGGUAGGACAGCAUGUCGUACGAAAAAUAAUUAGCAUAGUUGGUAGAGCAUCUGUAAUCAUCUUUAUUUUGUCCUUCAUAAUCUUUGUCAGCGCAUUCUCAUUAGGUGGCGUUGGCAUAGCAGAUAUGAUUAGGAGGAUCCAAGAAGGGCAGUAUAUGGGGUUCGAUAACAUCUGUGCAUAUGGUCCUUAAGUUUUGUAUAACUAGUCUCUUUCUCGACUUGUUGUAACAGAUAAUGACUUUAGGUGAUUCACAUAUGCUUAGUUGGAUGAUAAAAUCAUUGGCAGUUUUGAGGGUUCUGGUUUCAAACUUACAUUGUCUUGGCAUUAGUUAGGAGGGUUCUGUUUUCAAACUUACACAUAACAGAGCUCCAUUCCUUCUA